CGGCGGAGCGGGCGGGGUGGGCUGUCGGCUUCAGGCCUCGUGUCCACCUGCCCACCCGCUCCCACUGCGGUCGGUCGGCGGGGUGUGCGCCGGGCCGGGCCCAUGGCGGCGUCGGCGGCCCUGUCUGCGGCGGCGGCAGCUGCCCUGUCGGGCCUGGCGGUGCGGCUGUCUCGCUCGGCCGCGGCCCGCGGCUCGUACGGCGCCUUCUGCAAGGGGCUCACACGCACGCUGAUCACCUUCUUCGACCUGGCCUGGCGGCUGCGCGUGAACUUCCCCUACUUCUACAUCGUGGCCUCGGUGAUGCUCAACGUCCGCCUGCAGGUGCGGAUCGAGUGAGCGCCCGCGACCACCGCCGCCCGGCCGCGACGGCAGGGGAGCCGGCAUGAGGCGCCGCGGGGCCCGGGGCCGCCGGGACGCGGCGGGGGAAGGAGGAGGGGCGGCCCGGGCCCCCGGACCCUAGACCUCGGCGGAGGUCACUGCCACCGAGCCUCAAGCCCCGGCUCUGGCCACCCACGUCGCGGCCGGUGACGAACUGCACAGAAACUGGCGAAACGGGCCCUUUCCAUCGAACUCGAGAAAAUCACUUGAGUGCGGCCGACCUGUUGCCUCACCUUGGCCGAAGGGGGGAGCGGAAGGAAGAAAUUCUGCAGCAGGAACGUGAAUGACUGGCCCUGACCAAAGAGGCUGGCCCCUGGGCCCAGCAUCGCACGGGAGAGUCUCCUCUGGAUGGGCCUGCAUUGGUCCUGGAGGCCUUGCCUGCGCUGCUGACUGACGCACCAGGAGCGGUGCAGAGGGGAGGCGGGAGAGGCCCUGGCCCUCGCCCCGCACCGGUCCCACGUCUGCUCGGGCGGUGGUUGCUCAUGGUCGAUGCACUCAGAGUUCCUGGGGCUGAGGACCCCAGCAGCCUGCUUGCCCCCAGGACAGAGCGGCCGAGCCUCACACCAUGUGCCCUCCUCAGCUGCCCAGCUGGAGCCGGGUCCCAGGUGAGGAUCUCUGCCUGCCUCACCCCGGGGCUGGAGGCUGCGCCAAGGCCACCACGUGCCGCCCACAGAUGCCCACCGACGGGGCCUGAUGGCUUCCUUCCUUGUGCCAAGUCACCCGGGAGCCCUGGUCCUGGUGGCCCCUCCUCCACCCCAACUGUGUCCACUUCUGGGAGCCUGCCAGCCUGCGGACUGCAUCCACGGAGCUCUGGGGACAGCCUCUGAGAGACUGUGACACGGGGCUGCACGGGAGGAGAGGAGAGACCGUGACACGGGGCUGCACGGGAGGAGAGGAGAGACCGUGACACGGGGCUGCACGGGAGGAGAGGAGAGACCGUGACACGGGGCUGCACGGGAGGAGAGGAGCAGAGGGCGAGGGGCCUCCUUGGGGCUGAUUCGCAGAUGUGCCCCUUUCAAGCCCAGCUCUCACGCCCCGGGUGGCUCGAUCCCCAGCUGCAGCCUCUUGCUGGGCCAGCCUGAGAGUGGCACAGGGGAGGCUCUUCGAUGACCGCGUGGGUGCCCGUGUGUGAGUGCGCGUGUAUGAGUGUGGGCGGGUGUGAGCGUGUGUGUGGGUGCUCGUGCACACACACGAGUGGCUGUGCGUUGCGGCGGGCGCGGAGCUGUUGCGCAGAGUGAGGUGCGCAGGGUGCCCCGUCCUCGCUGGGCUCGGGGCUCAGCCGGAGCUGCCUGGGGCUGCUUCCCAACAGGGAGAAAGCGUGCUGGAGGCCCAGGGGCCCGGGCUCACAGACCCCCUCCCACCCGCAGAGAACCCCGCCAUCGUGGGAGGGGCACGGCGGUGGCCUUGGCUGGGGCUGUCUGCGCUCUGAGGGACUGGCCGUGGGAGGGGCUGGGGACGCGUCCUUAGCAUGCGCUCCUGCCGCCGCUGUUCUUACGGUUCUGGCCUUGAGUACUUAGCUGCCUCUGCUUUCCCACCUCUUCCUCGUCUCCCCCACUGGGCCCUUGCUGCUUGACGGGCUCUCAGAGCACUUUAUUUAUUUGCCGUCUGUUUCUCAGGCAGUGGAGCUUCUACAAAAUCAGACACCGACUUGAAUAAGACAACUUCCACUUUUCUGUGUGUGAUGUACUCUGCACCGGGCAGCAGCGUCUGGUCAGAGAAAUGUUCUUGUUUCGGGUGUCGUCAAAUCUUGUUGUCUGUCUCAGUUAAGAAGAAAGUCCUUUGAGUUCAAUCACAUAAAAACUGGAGGCCUCCUGUUUCUGCCGCCUCGGAGGAGAGAGGGGCCGGCGGCGAGCUCACCCCACUCUGGUGGCCGGGAGCUGGGGGAGGGGAGCACCCCGAGGGCCCUAAGGGGGCGGGGCUGAGGGCGGGGCUGGUGCCGGGUCAGAAGAUGCAGCGAGACCCGACCUGACCCGGACCACUGCUCCCGUGAGGGGAAGGCAGCAGCACAGGCCUGGCCCAAGAGGCGGCACUUUGUCCCAUUCACAAACUUCAUUUGAAUAAACUAACACCUAAGCCUUU